UCCUGUUUCCCCAUGUUACAGGCAUUCCAGGGAGAUGGAUACCAGUCGGCUGUCGGAUAGCUCCAGCGGUAGCUCCUCGGGUGAGUCAGAUGACGACAGCAGCUCUGGUAACGACACGGAUAGCGAGAGCGAUGCUAGCUCCAGCGAUCAUGAGUCAUCCCCACCACAGGACAAACCCGCCCACAAGUCCUACAACCUCCACGAUCUCAUCAACAAGAAGAUCAUCGAGGGCAAGAAGUCCCCAGGAGCUCUGAAUGUCCCCAAGCAGCCUCCGCUCAGCAACCAGCCAGCCGCCGCCGCCAGCACCGCUGCCACACCGCCGACUCUCUCAAUCAAGGAGGCCCAGUCCUUCCCCAACACCAACCAGCACAGAUCCACGGUGCCGGGAGGCAGACGCGGCGAAGGCAGCGGCGGUUUCGUUCUGGGCAUCAACGACCUGACCACCACGUUAACCCCACCCGAGGAUUACGACAAGGGAAACUUUGGCAAGUACGUCGACAACGACAACCGCAUCAACGAUUUCAACAAGUUGGUGACGGAGAAAAGGACGCCAUUGUCAAAAUCUCCGGUCAGAACCGGAGGGAACGCCGGCAAGCAGAAUGCGAAUAAACGAGGGCCCAAGAAAGUGUUGGAUAAGUCCCCCUCGGUUGCAAAAUCGAAAACGGCGUCUCAGACGAAAAGUGAGGUGUCGACGAAGGAAUCAAAGAAAGGUGCUAAGCCGAGUAAGCAGUCGAGUAAAAGCGGUGCUGAGACCAAAGUAGACGUCAAGGGAAAGAGUAGUAAGACAACUCCUAAGAGUGAUAAGAAGACCCCACCGCGAGUGAGAACUCCUGAGAAGAAAUUGGCUAAGAAACCAACCUCCAAGGAAUUUGUGAGCGAUACGGACAGCAGCAGUGACUCCGACGACGAGUUGGAAAGAACACCGUUGUCGAAAAGGUUGAACGGAGCGAGUAAGCUCCACGCAGUCUUGAGCCCCGCUCACAAACCGAGUGCGCGUACUGAAAUCAAAAACAAAGCUUCAAGCAAGGGUAACAGAACUAAAGAGAAAUCCAACGUUGUGAAAACGGAGAGAGAAGCGUCUCUUGCCAAGCCCGUCCUGGACGAUGUCUUCAUGUCCAUGAUUGACCAGCCCCUAGGGCUCAUCAAGGAACCUUUGUUGUCGCCGAUCAAAAACGAGGACCCUGAAAAGCCGGCGUUGACGCCGCAUCCGCAGGAGGUCACGUACAAGGACGGGAUCCCCUCGCUCGUUGUCAAACUCAACCUUUCCCUUAUAAACCGGGUGCCUGGACGGCCCAGGCAGCCCUGUAGAACAGAAAGGACGUCGCCAAGGCACGGUUGCAGUGCCUCGGAUGCCCAUUAUAAGAAUGAACUUCUUGAGUUUGAGGAGAGACUGCCUUCAUUAGUCAAAGUCCAUAAAAGAAAACAGGAGGAUCUAGACGAGGAGGAUCCCGUCAAGGAAUCUGUGUGCAAGAAACCAAAGAGCGAAUGCAGCGGGAAGACAUCGAGAAACUUCCACAACGAAGAGCCUGAACACAAUGAGUUAUCAUCUAUACCAGACAGUGACACUGUCUUGGAUCGGAGGCGGCCCGCCGAGCGCCGCGGCAGCACCAACAGUGUCUCCAGCCUAUUAUCCUCACAGAGCAGCUGCAGCAGUAGUCGCCGGAGCGACCGCGAGGCCCCGUCCUCGCAGCCCACCAAGCGACGCAAGAAGACCGCCAACGAUUCCAUGGACUCGAGCUGCAGCAGUAGCAGCAGCAGCAGCAGUAGUAGCAGCGGCGGCAGCACGAACUAUCUCAAUGCACCUUCCAACUCGGCCGUGCUUAGUGCGAAGGGACACAUCACGACGUGGGGCUCGCCCCCACCCCAGACUGAAGAGCGUGUGGACAGAUCGCAGGACUCGACCAGUGUGUCGAAUGACGUGACCUGCACGAGAAACGGACACAGGUCUGUCAGUGAGGAGUGGGGAGAUGUUGGCGGCGGUGCGGAUUAUGUCCGGAACUCCAAUCCACAUGUUGCCAGGAAGAAUAUGACGGAUAGACAACCGAUAGGCUUGGAGAUCGAAGAAAGCCAGCAAUUUACUGCAGACAGUUACCUUGCCGAAGGGAAGAAACUCAAACAUCAAGCCGAUGCGCAGAGUGACAAGAACGUGAAGGCAUUGAUGUACUUUGACGCCGCUCUGUCGUUCAUCCUGUGUGGUAACGCCAUGGAGAAUGACCCCGUUGUCCCAGUCGAGAAAGCCAUUACCAUGUAUUCAGACACCUGCGACAUUAUCAAAUUCAUCUUAAAGUUUAAAGGCAGUCACUUAAACCAAGAUGCUCUGAGCAUGGACAAGAAACUAGCAGUAUUAUGCCACCGUUGCCUGGGGCUCCUGUACAUGAAGAUGUUCAAGAUGAAGAAGGCCAAUGGAAUUAAACUUGCCAAAGUGCUCGGGGAGCACUUCCGAAACUCUUCCAAAUCUCAGCAGGCCGCCCAAGCUCCGUCGUCGUGGAACUCCUCCAAGCACCCCGAUGUGCGCUGUAAAACACCCCUGUUGAGCCAGCUAAUCUCUACCCACCCCUCUUCAUCACCACUCCCGUGCAACAGGUACACAGGCACCCCGUCCCCCAUGUCCCCCACACCGUCCCCCGCCGGGUCCGUCGGCUCGGUCGGCAGCAUGGGAUCCCAAGGCAGCAACAACGGCGACGCCGGCGCGUCGUUACAGCCGUCCUCCUUGCCCCAGGUGCAGCCCAACAAGCUGACCAACGGCGUGCCCCACAUCAUGUCCUCGCCGGCUAACGUCUCCGUCCCGCAACGCAUCGUCAACAUGAUGUCCACGUUUAUUCAGAACUCCAGCUAUGGGUACUACGGCCUGGACUACUGGGAACAGGCUGACGUUCUGGCUCUAGAAAACAUAGAGUUUUUCCGAGAGUUGGACUGUGAGUUUGGCCUCCUCACCUUGCACAGCAGUACCCUGGACCUGGUCCACUACGCCAGACUCGGUCUGAGGAAACUCAAGAGCGAGACGUGACUGCUGCCGUCCGACUGACGGCAAAAUCGUCCAUUCCGCCUGGUUAAAUCGGCUGACCUCCCGAGGCCGCUUUAACUGACUUAAGUCAUCGGAAACCGUCUGCAGUGAGCGGAGGUCUUCACAGUACCACGGCACCUCAAAUAGUGACUUUCGUGAAGCUAAUUCUCACAAGUUGGGCUUCGGUGCCGAACACAUAACCCCGACUGGUAGCAAAGUAGAUGCUAGCAACACGGGCAUCCUUGGUAAGGUAACAGCAACAAUAGCACGCGACAAGUUAUAUCAUUGCUACCCUUGCCACAAAGGCAGAAGGCGUCGACCGCAGACUUCAUGAAAUCACCCAAAAAAUAAUAUCUUGAGCCAGCUGUAUACCGUGUCAUCCACCCCAGAAAGAGUGACCAAAAUACAAGAUGGUAACAAAAUUUGUAUAUUGGGAUCACUCACAGUUGAGAACAAGGUUGAGCAAGUCUGGAAUCACGCAAGUCGUAGCUCGGCCAUUCCAUAUGCGAGUGGUAGGACAAUCGAUGUCAUCACAACUUGGAUCUUGCACCUGUAGUUUAGAUUAAGACGUACCUUAAGAGCAACUCUGCCCACACAAAGUGACAGACCACCUAUAUUUUGGACUCUGUUUAUUACGGAAAAAUCAGCAUAUAAGCACUCGUUCUCGUGGCCGCAAACAUUAUGAUGUUUAGCAUCGUGACGUAUAACCCCCAAAAUAGAGUAAAGCAUGUGAUAUAUAUAUAUUUUUUGUAAUAGUUCUUAAAUUAUUGCUUGGUUUUUGUAGAGCUUGUUGAUUCACAUUUGCCACGAGCUAGUCAUUCCGCAUCUUGAGUGGUAACUCCUUUUCAAAUAAGAGAGAUGGAAAGUUGAACAUCUACGUCUGCUUUUAAUUUUCUUUCAGUGCAUUGAUGCUCACAAUUUCAAAUUUGUGUCGGUGAAUUUAAACCAAAUUUAAACCGACAGCUAUAUUUUCGAAGCACAUCUGGGGAAAUACAAGGCUUAAAAACAGAGUAAGGAAAAAGUAUUGAAAAACAUGAAACGCAAUUUUGAUGCACCAUCUCAGUUUACCGUCGCAGAAAUACUGCAAUUUUUUUUUUUUAUAAGAAACUCACGUUAACUUGAGCAAGUCUUAUUUUGCACUGGGAAAGCUACACAAUUCGCAUAAUUUAUUGCCAAAAUUAAACAGCUCAGUAUUGAUAAAACAAGCAGAAAUGUAACAGGCACGUUGGUUGUGUUCUAAGUGUGUCGCGUGCUUGUACGUCGUUCAUAUUUUCUUAAACUCUCUUUAAGUGCACUGUAACAUUUUCAAUCGUGUCACGCUAUGGUUAUAUUAUAGCGAUGAUGAUGAAUAUAGUAUAGAGACUUUAUAUUAUGCAGAGUUGUGAUAUAUAUGAAUUGUAAAAAUAAUUAUUCUUUGAUAUUUUGCUACAUUAGUAAUGCGAUGAAUUCUGCCCUUCCAAAAUGUGUGCGACGACGAAUCAGCGUAAGUCAAAUUAAUCGGGAAAGCACCUUCCGAAUUCCGCGGGAAUAAUAAAGGAAAUUAAACAUCAAGGUCCACAUCAACAGGUGCUCGGUUCUUCUUUAUAAAUUAUAGAAAUUAUGAGAAAUUAAGAAAAAUGCCCCUGGCGAUACACGUAGUUUUAAAGUAUUCGUUUCAUUUUAAAGCAGCUGCUACAUGAUUUUUUUUUUUUUUCUUCUGAUAAAUACCAACCAAAUAAAAGAUCCAGUCUUUCUUUCGUGACCAGAAAUCAUGCCACGACAUUAUCCAAGAUUUUUUUGGCUUCCUAUAUUUAUUCCAUGUGAUUGACUGCAACCUUAGAGUAGAGUACGAGAUGUAUGUCGUAAAUGAGACCUCCGAAUGUUUGCACGUGCUUACAGCUGCUCGCAGUUUAGUCCUGCAAAUGUGAACGUUUCAUGAAAGAAAAACAAUAACAGUGCGAUUUAAAGAAAAUUAUAAGCAGUGUGGUGCAUGAAGAUCUGAGAAUUGCGCAGUGUCUAAUAUGUUGAGAAGCCAUCUUAGAAGAUGCUUUAAUAAGCCAAGACGAUCUUGUCGCCCUUAUUUUGUUAACAAAAUUUGCAGUUUUUCACAAUGGGCAGUUAUUUGUCUUAGAUUUUGUGGCGUUGUGCCCCGUUCACUUUCCUUGCUAACACAGCAAGAACAACCUUUGCACCCUGUCUAUUUAACCACACAACAAUUCAUUAUGGCAAUAGUUUCAGAUAUUUUGCUGACCACAUCAUCAACAUGGUUCUUCCAUGUUAGAUUGUCAUCAACAGUAAUACCUAGAAAUUAUUUGCCAGUCUUAAUUUAUUGCAUUCAAUGAUCUUUACUAUCUCAAUCUCGGUAAAUUCAUGUACUAAUAUAUUGUUCAAAAAAAAAAGAAUUGUGUGAAAAACCAUGAAGCAUCCAAAUUUACACCUAGAGUGUUCUUAUAAGAAUAAGAUUAUUUUCAAACUUAUUCUUUUGUAACUUGUCUACUUAUGUUUUUUUUUUAUGUUUUUCUUGCAGGGGCAAAGUAGGAUUUCUCAAAAAAGUUCUGAACAUUUACUUAAAUUCUAACAUCAAGUACUUCGAAUCAAAUUGAUAGUUAAAAGAUAAAUGUGAAAAAUUCAAAUUUCACUUUUUUGAUAUAAACAAAAAUGCGCGGCCUUUGAAUGAAAUUAACCCAUUGAAUUUGCAUCGAUAAAGUAAACAAAAUUGUAUUUUCAAGGGGUUUGAAUGAAAACCUUAAAUUUAAAAUAUGACAUCUCUGAAAAAAUAAUGAACAUAAAUCUGGUCCAAACAUGUACUUAAAAGUAUGAAUUGCGCCCUCUCUUGACUGAGCCUUUCCGAUCUAUUCUUUUUUUUUUACCUUAUUGUGGAAACCAGGAAGUAGAAAGUGGAUCAUGAAUUAAUAAAGUGCCUGUAACUAUAAAGAAUUAAGAAUCAUGAAAUUGGACAGUUUUGUGUCCCUAAACGAAAUAAACCAAUGUUAAUGAUCAUGUUUCACCCAAUUCCCUGUGAUUCUAACUCGAAAAAAAAAUGGCCUUAAAUUGUGUUUUAAAGAUGCUUAAAAAAAAUCUAGUUAAGACUACAACUACACAGUGGUUGACCUAAUUUAUAAAAUGUGCUGUAAUUUCCAAAAACAAAACUUGGUUUGUAAGGGAUGAAAUUUGUUUUUGCAAUAAUUCUUUAUUAUUAUUAUUUUUGUUUUGGUCCAUUCUUAAAACUGUAAAUGAUUUCGUGUAUUGAUUUGUUGUUGCAAUUAUAUUUGAUAAUAUGCUGUGAACUGAAAUAGAAGGACAACAAAUUGAUAAAUUCUGGAAUUAUUUUUCACAGAAAUGGAAUUAUUUUGGGGCUUCUUCCAUUCUGUACGCAUCCGGCAUAUAAUACUGGUUAUGCACCAUUGGAGUCAUUUGCACUGGAUACGAAUCUCAAUUGAAACCAUAGGGAAUCAGUCAGGUUUUUUUUUUAUCUGUGGUGAUCUUUCAUGCAUCAUUGCUAACCACACAAACAAAUACCACACUGUGGGUUGGUCUUUCCAUGAAAAAAAAAUGUGCAUGAUCCAUGUCUGCUUUCAGUGUGACUAACAAAUACAUGUAUGCAACCUUUCCGGCGAGUUUUUAUCGUAAACCUGACAUUUUGAGUCGGCCGACUGAAUGGAGCAGUACAUGUAACAACAACAAAUGUAUGUUGUGUUGGACGUAUCCAGGAUAAAAGAAUGUCUGCUUCAUGUCAUUCUUUUGCUUCUCUGAAAAAGUAUAUUUGGGGAAAAUGCCAAGGUUUUUAAACUAGACUAAAUGCAUUGCUAUAAACCCGGAAAAGCAUUGAAAUGUAUUUAUUUGGGGUUUUUUUUACGACAUUGAAUCUAAAGCUCAGUUAUUUUGACGAGAGACUUCUGCGUCAUGAGUCUCUUGUGUGACAUGUAGGGCGUGUUUAUGGUGUAAAAUCGAGGGAACACAUGUAACAACAUCAUCAGUGAAUCGAGGACAGAAACUGAAUCGAGGACUCCUCGGUUGGAAAACGUGUACAAACCCAAUGAGAGCUGUUUCGAAAAAAAGUUGAGUACCAAGGAAAGGGAAGAGAAACAAAAGAAAAACCUCGAUUUACACCAUAAACAAAGGUUUCUGAGUGGGUCACAUGUAACUGUACUCAAAAAAACUGGUUUGAUAUGUUGGUUGUCAAAUGUCCAACGCUUAUUUAUUACUUAAUGAAACAGUUGAUGUAAUUUGAAUAUUUUUUUCUGUCCAUGUUCUAUCUUUGGACUUACAGUCCCGAGCUAAGGUCUUUUUUUAUCAAAACGAAUCCAGAAUGACCCCGACCAGUGUGUGGGUGCAUCAACUUGAACAAAUGCAGUCCAGAUAUGAAUUACGAUGUACAAGUGUAUACGAAGAUAAAAUAUUUAUGCAUAGAUCUAAUUUUAAACUUUUUCGACAGAUAUUGUACAGUCUUUGUAAGAGGGAACAUUCCUUUUGAUUGGUGAAUGCGAGGCCAAUCAAUUUUAUGUAGAAGUUGAAAUGACCAUUGAUUGUGGUAUUAUUUAUUUCAUUUUCCAUAUUGAAGGGCGGGAGAGAUCUUUCUUUCUUUUGGCAACUGUUAAAGUAGUUCUGCUUAUUAGUUAAACAGCAGGAACAAAAAACACCGAGAAUACAGAUGUGCUUAAAAUAUUCUCUUGUGAUAAGUGUAUAUUUAUUGAAGAAAGAAGUUAUCGAGAAAGUGUUGUUAAGCGAAUACACAAAGUUUCUACUCAUAAAAAUAAUGCCUUUUGAGAAAAGUUAUUUUGCUGAAACUUCAGGCAACUGGAUAUAAUGAUGAAUCUAUAUUAGUCUGUACCAUAUGAAAAUAUAUAGUAUAUACUGCCGAACUGUAAACAUAUUAAUGGUGUACAGCAUAAGCUGACAAUGAUAUAACUUCAGUUGCCUUGCCAC